UCCUCCGGAUAAAUAGGUCCUCACAGAGAAUCAAAGGUGUAAUGACUUGUGAUUCUGAAAUUAACCAAAACUUUACCUGAAAUAGCUUUAGUCCAUACGAUUCCUGUAUGAAUCUGUUCACAGCCCUCUCCUCCAUUUGCUCAGCCUCCGGUUAUAAAAUUAAAGAGUUUUGGCCUCUUCAAAGUCAGCUUUGUCUAGAGGAGUUCUCCUUUUCUUUCUUUCUUUUUUUGCUCCACAGCUCUUCCCAUUGUAAGUUUUGUUUUCCAAACUAAUCCUUUCAAUCCAAAAACCAUGGGAGCCUGUGCGAGCAAACCUAAGGAAUCUGACAUCGUCGAAGGCUCUGUCUCGACCGAAAAUGCUGUUGUUGAGUCCAAGAAUGCCGCGACCGAGACAGAUGCCACAUUAACUCAGGAGAAGAAGGAAGAGUCCAUUGAAGAGACAAAGAAGGAAGGUGAGACAAAAGAGGACUCCUCUGAGGCAACCAAGGCUGAGCCAACUCCAGAAGCUGUGAAGGCAGAAGAAAAAACAUCUUCUGAGACUGAGCCACCAGCACAAGAGACCACACCUGCUGCUAAAACCGAUGAGGCCCCUCUCGUGAUCCUUUGAUUUUCAUUUCAUCAAAUCUCAAAAUCAUGAGUAUGUGCAAGUGCAAGUGUUUCUCACAUUGUUAUUCGUAUGUUCAUCUCUGUUCUAUUGUCAAUAUGUACAAUACCCAUGUACAUUCUGUUGUGCCCGCCUCUAGUAAAUUAUGAUUAACGAAAAAUUACAAUUCUUUUUUA